AUGGCUGAGGAGCAUCACCGGAAACAAGGACAACCCAGGGGCGCCAGGAGAGUCGACCCUUUCAGCGACAGCAACCAGCCAGACAAGAUUUACACAGAGAUGUACUCAACGCCCAAUGGUGAACAAGCUCUGGAGCAGGACCAUGAGGACGAGGACAGCGCGGAGGAGAGUGGUGAAUGGGAGUCACCAGACGACGAUGAUGAAGAUGAGAGCGACAAGUCAGACGACGAGGAGGUAGUUGACUCACCGCCUCGUUCAGAUCGUCGAUCCAAGAAGCACCAUGAUCCCGCGGGCAGGCGCGGUAAGGCUGUGGCCUCGAGUGCUCCAUCCCAAAAGCGCGCCCGGUCUUCGACCCCAGAGCUGGCUGAGAAAGUCACCAAGCAGCCCAAGAUCAAUCCCUCGAAGGCCGGGAAGACCUUGCCUAAGAUCAAGAUGGAUGUUCCUGUUGCUUCUGGGUAA